AUGUUUCAAGGGUCCAGGCCAUGUUUCAGUGAUUCGCUUCAGCAGAUCCCCGUUGGGACUGGCUGCAUUGAGCCGGCAGUGGGGGCCAGCCCUGUGGACCGGACCCCAGGCAGCCUCGGGGUGCAGCAUCUGCCGAUCGUGCCAUGUUUUGGAGCGGGGCAGAUGUGUCUGGAUGUGGGUUUUGGGACUCCCCGGCUGUCUCCGAGCCUGGCGCAGGGGAGCAGCCGGCGAGAUGCUGUACCAAUUCUUGGACUGACAGACCCAAGACUCUGCUACCUACUGGAUGGAUUCCUCUUCAUUUAUGCAGUCAUCAUGACAGCCCUUUUUGUGAAAGCGAAGCUUAGCCAGGCCUCUGAACCACAGCUGCAACCAGGCCAGGAUGAUGUGUAUAAUAAACUGUCUCGUGGACACAGAGAUGAGUAUGAUGUUCUGGGGGCAAAGCGAGGUGCAGACCCUGAGCUAGGCGGGAGACACCAGCAGAGAAGAAAGAACCCUCACGACACCGUCUACACNNNNCUGCAGAAGGACAAGAUGGGCGAGGCAUACAGUGAAAUCGGAAUGAAGGGAGAGCAGCAGAGGCGGCGAGGCAAAGGGAACGAAGGUGUCUACCAGGGACUCAGUACAGCGACCAAGGACACUUACGAUGCUCUCCAAAUGCAGCCUUUGCCCCCCCGCUAA